AUGGGCAACUCCUCUGGGAAGGGCGAGGGAGACGAGGAGCAGGAGGGGGAGGAGGAAGAGGAGAAAGACGGUGAAGAGGUGGAAAUAGUGCAGAAGAAGAAGAAAAAAGAGGAGGACGUGGAGGAAGAGCUACCGUUAGGGGUGGACGAGUUGCUGGAGAGCGGAGAUCCAGUGUUGGACCUGAGCUACCGUAAAUUUAGGCGUUUACCUGCUCGUGUUUGUGGACUGACACAUGUGGAGAAGCUCUAUGUUUGUGGAAACAGCCUACGUACUCUUCCCGAAAGCAUCACCCAGCUGCAAGGUCUGCGGAUUCUCGCCCUGGACUUCAACAAGAUGGAGGAUGUUCCUCUCGCCAUCUGCCAGCUGGCUAACCUCAGCCGCCUCUACUUGGGCAGCAACCGCCUCAUGACACUGCCCCCCGAGCUGAAGAACCUGCAGAGUCUUCGCUGCCUGUGGCUGGAGAGCAACUACUUCCAAUGGUUUCCCAAAGAACUCUAUGAACUUCCAAACCUUAGGUCCCUGCAAAUAGGUAACAACCGACUCAAGACGUUGCCUCCUGACCUGUGCUGCAUGGAGACUUUGAGGGGACUGUGGCUCUACGGGAAUCGUUUCCAGACAUUCCCCAAAGUCCUCCUAAGCAUGGAGGGCUUGGAGAUCCUGGACCUUGAUCGCAACAAGAUUUCAGAGUUCCCCAGCCUGAAGCGCAUUCGAUCCCUUCGCCUCUUCUCCUAUGACCACAAUCCGGUUAAGGAGCCUCCUAAAGUGGGCGAGGAGGUGGUAGUGGUCGGGGAAGGUGCUGCAGAGUUCUUGGAGGAGCGUGAGGCCAGGAAGGACAGGCGACGGAAGGAGGCCGAGGAGGCAGCUCUGGCAGGAGAGGAGACCAUCAUCCACGGUAUCUUAAAGAACAGCAGCUCCAAACAAGCCGCCAAUGAGGAUGACUUUAAGGAAGAAAAGGAGGCUGGAUCUCCAAUACUCGAGUCCGACGCCGACAAGCUAGAAUAUGAUGAGGAAGCAUUUGAGUAUGAGACGGAAGAACUGAUUUACGAGGGAGAGGGCCUGGAGUAUGAUGGAGCGGAGCUGGAGUAUGACACGGCUCACAUGGAAUACGGGUAUGAGGAGGAGAUGGAGAAGAAGGUGGAGGCUUGA